UCAAGUCAACACUUUUUGUACAAACACUGUGUGACAAAUAACCAUAAUGGCGGACUUUAGCAUUGCCAAGUUUAGCAAUUAUCAGGAAUAUCUGCAGUCCUUUACCACCGUGGAAGACUAUCGAUACUUACCCUUCCACAAAACUGUCGUAACUCUUACAAAACUCGGUUACAGGGAGCAUCGUACCUUCUAUAUGGAGGAUGAGUUCCUAAGUAUGAAAAAACAAGUGGAACAGCUGCUGAAUCCAACGGUUUCUGCCCAGAUAUACUACAGUCAAUAUUUCAAAGGAACGGAUCCUGCUCUUCGAGCUUUGGUUGAACGCGAAACCUAUAAUGUCCAGCAGGAGAUAUCAACCAUUAUCUUUCUGGAAACUAGUGGCAGAAGUGGAUUCGCCAAAUCAGGAUAUAUUGACUUUGAGGCCAGUCUUCGCAACUGCAGAUUCAAAGGACCAAAUGCUGUUGAUUGGCGGGCAGUAUUUGAGGAGAAAAAGAUGCUGAAACCUCAGCCAAGUGACAUUGUUUUUUAUGACUGGAAAAGCAGGAAGAUUUUUUCAAAUGACAAUGAUAAUUAUACAGUGGUAGCUCAUCCGGAAUAUGGCCUGAUGUUUGCUCACAAGGGUGAUCACAAGAACAUACCGGUAACCACUAAAAAGAAUCCCUUUUCUAGCAACGUUAAACGUUCGAUGAUCAGGUCCAAUCUAUAUGGUUUUAUUAUUCUGUACGACCAUUAUGUCCGUAAGAAGACUUAACGGAUUUUAAAUUAGUUUUAAUGGUUUUGCAAGCAAAGUAAAUUAUUUUAAUAAAAAAGUAACUUGUUACUUUACAAAAAAAAA